CCAAACUUCCUGAGAGCAGCUCCAGCCCUCCCUCCGCUUCCGACGGCCGCGCUGCGCCAUCCCGGCCGGCCAGGCCAGCCCUGCCCCUGCCUGCCACCGCGGCCCGGCCAGGAUGCUGCUGCGGGCCGCGGUGCUGGCCGUGCACGCCGGGCUCCUGGCUGCCCUCCGGCCCGGAGACCCCAACGUCUGCAGCUACUGGGAGAGCUUCACGGCGCCAGUGAAGGAAUCCUACAGCAAACCGCACGUGGUGCCCUCCAGCCGGCCCUGCCCUGGGGGGCUGGGGCUCCCCCUGCCCUGCCCACAGCAGAGGGUGCUGUACCGCACCGAGUACCGCCUGGCCGUCCGCACCGACUACCGGCGGCGCUACCAGUGCUGCCAGGGCUACUACGAGAGCCGCGACUCGUGUGUCCCUCACUGCAGCCAGGAGUGCGUCCAUGGGCGCUGCGUGGCUCCCGAGCUGUGCCAGUGCGAGCCGGGCUGGCGCGGGCCCAGCUGCUCCAGCGAGUGCGAUGAGCAUUCCUGGGGCCCGGACUGUGGACAGCGCUGCCCCUGCCACCAUGGGGCCCCUUGUGACCCCCUGACCGGGGUCUGCUCCUGUCCCUCCGGCUUCACCGACCCCCUGUGCAGCCAGCCGUGCCCACCUGGCACCUACGGGCAGAGCUGCCACCUGUCCUGCCCCUGCCACCACCAGGCCCCCUGCAACGCCUCCACCGGCGCCUGCCUCUGCCCCCCGGGGCUGAGCGGCCCCCUCUGCGAGGUGCCCUGUCCUGAGGGGAUGUCCUGUGCCACCCCCUGUCCCUGCCAGAAUGGGGGCAUCUGCCACCCCUCCAGCAGCAGCACCUGCGUCUGCCCUCACGGAUGGAUGGGGGAGAUCUGCUCCGUGCCGUGCCCCCCCGGGCGCUUCGGGCCCGGCUGCCAGGGCCGGUGCGGGUGCCACAACGGGGGGCACUGUGACCCCCACGGGGGGCAGUGCCAGUGCAGCCCCGGCUUCACCGGAGAGCAGCACCCCCAGUGUGGCAGGCAACGAGCUGGAUGGCCUCAGCUCGGGGUUGGGGGCAUCCCAGGGGGCACCCCAGCUCUUGGCGGGGCUGUGUCACCAGCUGUGCCCCCCCGCAGGUGCCAGGAGAGGUGCCCGGCGGGGCGGUACGGGCAGGACUGCCGGCAGAGCUGUGACUGUGCCAAUGGCGGGCAGUGCUUCCAUGUGGACGGGGGCUGCCUGUGCGAGGCCGGGUUCCGGGGCAGCCGCUGCGAGGAGCGGCACUGCGGGCCCGGCCUCUACGGGCUGCACUGCGAGAGCCGCUGCCUCUGCCACCCGCAGCACAGCCUGAGCUGCCACCCGAUGCUCGGCGAAUGCCUUUGCCUGCCAGGCUGGGCUGGGCUCUACUGCAACGAGAGCUGCCCCCCGGGCUCCUUCGGGGCCGGCUGCCUGCACAGCUGCCUCUGCCUGCACGGGGGGGUCUGUGAUGGGACCACCGGGCGCUGCCACUGCCCCCCCGGCUACACGGACGAGCACUGCUCCUCCCUGUGUCCCCCCAACACCUUUGGGGUGAACUGCUCGGGGCUCUGCUCCUGCCAGCACAGCCUCGCCUGCUCCCCGCUCGACGGCUCCUGCUUCUGCAAGGAAGGCUGGCACGGACCUGACUGCUCCCUGCCCUGCCCUGCUGGCACUUGGGGUCCCGGCUGCAACCGGAGCUGUGACUGUGCCCAUGGGGCACCCUGCGACCCCCAGAGUGGGACCUGCCACUGCCCCCCGGGCUGGCAGGGCCCUCAGUGCCUGCAGCCCUGCCCGAACGGGACGUUUGGGGCAGGCUGUGGGCAGCGCUGCGUCUGUGCCCACGCUGAUGGAUGUGACCCCGUGACAGGAGAGUGCCACUGCCUGCCUGGCUGGACAGGGCAGCAGUGCAAGCAGAGCUGUCCCCAGGGCUCCUGGGGCUGGGGCUGCCUCAUGUCCUGCUCCUGCCGCAACGGAGCCUCCUGCUCGCCCCAGGAUGGAUCCUGCACCUGCACCCCGGGGUUCCGCGGCCCCAGCUGCCAGCGCCCCUGUCCCGCCGGCCCCUACGGCAAGCGCUGCUCCCUGAGCUGCUCCUGUGCCAACGGCUCCUGGUGCCACCCCACCAACGGCUCCUGCCUCUGCAGCCCGGGCUGGCGGGGGCCCCGCUGCUCCCAGCCCUGUGCCCGCGGGACCUUUGGGCUCCAGUGUGAGCAGCUCUGCCACUGUCCCCACAACGCCACCUGUGACCCCACCAACGGGACGUGUCCCUGCACCCCAGGCACGACUGGGCCCCGCUGUCAGGCUGGGCAUCCUGACGUGCCCUACACCAUCGAGCCAGCCCCCCCUGCGGCCUCCAGUCCCCUGGGCAUGGUGCUGAGCCUGGUGGCCCUGGUGGCACUGCUGGUGGCCGUGGUGGUGACAGCCCUGUGCUACCACCGCUGGCACAAGGACAAGGAGCGGCGGCACCUGGCCGUGGCCUACCGAGCAGGACAGACGGACACAUCUGACUACAUGGUGCCAGAUGUGCCCCCCAGCCACCAUGCCCACUACUACUCCAACCCCAGCUACCACACGCUGUCCCAGUGCCCGCUGCCAGCCCCCGGUGCCCAGGACAGAGCCAGCAGCUCCCUCAAGGCGCCUGGCACCCAACUCUUCCCUGGCGUGGAGAGACCCUACAGCCCCGAGGGCAAUGCCACGCUGCCUCCUGACUGGAAACACCUCGGGGCAUCAGCCAUGGGCACCAGGGGGAGGCAGCUGGACAGGAGCUACACCUACAGCCAUGGCCUGAGGAAGGGGGAGAGCAAAGAGCACCCCUGGGAGGGGCUGAGGGCCAGCGCCAGCUCCCUGGCCAGUGAGAACCCCUACGCCACCAUCAAGGAGCUGCCCCCUGCCCCUGCCAAGGCCCACGAGGGCAGCUACAUGGAGAUGAAAUCCCCUGUGCAGAGGGAGAUGUCCUACGCCGAGAUCGGGCUCCUUGAGGAGCCACCACAGCAGGAGAGCUGUCCUGAAGGGCCUGAGGGCCCCCCCAGCAGAGACCCCCCCAGCCACUACGACUCCCCCAAGAACAGCCACAUCCCCAGCCACUAUGACGUGCCCCCCGCCCGCCACUACCCCCCGUCCCCACCCCUGCGCAGGAAGGACCGCUGAGGGACAUGGAGGGACCAGCCACGAGGGGACAGAGGGUCCCUGCGGGGACUGGGGUACCCUGGCACUGCUGCUGCUUCCCACUGGGUGGCGAAUAAAGGGUGU